CGAACCCCUCCUCCUCCCCCAACAUUAUCCUCUUUUCCACAUCAUCUCUGAUUAUAAAAACUUUAAAGCCUGAUCUCGUCUGCUGCGUCCGCAAACAAACCUGACGCCAAAAUCUCUGCCCACCUAACUCAACGAUGCCGUAUUCUCUCGCCCGACCCCCAUCUCCCCACCACUGCCGCCGUCGCCUCCACACCAUUUUGGAAUCCGCCCGCCCCUUCCUCCUCGGUGAGCUCCAUUCUGUCGACGAGAACCUCCCCUCUCUCGUCGCCGUCCUCCGCUCAGUCGGCGCCGGGGAGUGCUGGCACAAGCACGGCAGCUUCCUCGACCACCUCAUCGACAUCUACCGCAUCCUCAAGCUCUGGAACGCCCCCGACGCGGUCUGCCUCUGCGGCCUCUUCCACUCCGCUUACUCCAACUCUUAUGUCAAUCUCGCCAUCUUCGACCCCUCCACCGGCCGCGACGUCGUCCGCCGCCACGUCGGCGCCUCCGCCGAGCGCCUAAUCCACCUCUUCUGCAUCGUCCCCCGGCAGCCCCUCAUCCACGAUGACCUUCUCUUCCACUACUCCGAUUGGGAACUUGCCGAACACCUCAAGGCGUCCGAGACCUCCCUGCGAAACGCGAAGGAAAAUGGGGUUUUUAACGGAGAAGAAAAUUGGAGGAAAAAAUUGCAGUCCCUGGUCCCCGCAGAUGGGGUUACGGUGAAGCACAUCAAGACCAGCGAAGACGUGGUCGUCUCGAGGAGAAUCGUCGCGACUUUUCUCCUGAUGACGAUGGCGGAUUUCAGCGACCAGUUGUUCGGGUUCCAGGACUCGCUGUUCGACAAUUCCGACGGCCGGCUCGAGUUCUCCGGCAACAAUUUCCUGGCGCUGUGGCCCGGGAACGGCAAACCGGGACUCUGGGUGAACUCAGUUUCCCGAAUGGGGGCUCUGUACACGCUGAUGGUGAGAGAAGAAGAGAUUUACAUGGAAGAAAGGAAGAGGGCUGGAUUCGAUUCGUCUGAUUCGAGAGACGAAGAGAUUGAGCUUGUGAUUCCGCCGGUGUUCGAGGAUUGCACGAGGGUCUUGAAUGCGGAGGAGCAAAUAGCUGCGAGGGAUUUGUACUGGAAAGGUGUUUGUGAAGGGACUGAGAGAGGGUUGGAGAUGGCGGAGGCGUGGCUGGUGGAGAGCGUGGAGAAGAACCCAUUUGUGGGAGAGCCUCAUGUGGUGCUGGGACAGAUCUAUUUGGGAAAGGGGAGGUAUGAGGAAGCAGAGCGGGAGGCAGAGGAGGGGCUGAGGUUGAUGCUGGAGUGGGGGAGUGCUUGGGACAAGAGGAUGCCUUGGGAAGGAUGGAUUGCUUGGGCUAGGGUUUUGCUGAUGAAGGCCAAGGAGAAAUCAUGGCCUCAGACUUCUUGGGGUGUGCUCAACUUAGGGCUUGUGAAGUAGAGCAUGGCAGGGGCAUGCGCUUCUUCUUCCUCUUCCUCAUAGCUUCACUUCUUCUUCUUCUUCUCCUUCUUCCUGGUUUAACACUGUGCAGACUGCAGACAAAGAGGUUACUUCUCAUAGUGAGGGAAGGGAUUGGGAUUUGCUCUGGUGGAGGCCAUCCAAAAUAAAAGGUAGAAGGCUAUAAGCUUUUAUGUAAUCUAUGAUUAACUAGUAAAAACUUGUUUGAAUUAAUUAUUAUGUUAUGCUAUGUGCAUGUGAUUACUAAUAUGUUUAAAUAGUUUUAAAUAUAGUUUAGAUAUUGUGUAAAGUAAAUUAAGAAUAUAAUGUCAUCAUAACUUUUGUAGAUUUAAA